AUGGCCGCCGAGACAAACCAGACGGAAAAGUCGCCUGUUGAGGUGGCGACUCGGGGAGACGGCGAGGAUGCUGUUGUCGUCGUUGCGACAGACUCGGCCAGGAAGCGACAGUCUCUGUCGGACAUCUUCACCAUUAUUGCAGCCGGCGCCGCGCUCGUCUCGGAUGGCUACCAGAACAACCUCAUGACCAUGUCCAACGUCCUCUUCAAGAAGGAAUAUCCUGCUCAGUACACGUCCACCGUCAGCACUCGCGUGUCGAACUCUCUGCUGGUGGGAGCCAUCCUGGGCCAGGUCACAGUAGGCUUGACGUGCGACUAUCUGGGACGCAAGACAGCUAUCGUGAUCACAACGCUCCUCAUCGUCAUCGGCGGCAUUCUGGCCACUGCCGCCCAUGGAGUCACGAUUGACGGCAUGUUUUGGAUGCUGACGAUUGCACGAGGCAUUGUGGGAUUCGGUGUUGGCGGCGAGUAUCCCGCUGCAAGCACGUCGUCUUCCGAAGCAGCCAACGAGCGCGCCCUGGAGAGGAGAGGACCAAUUUUCAUCCUCGUAACGAACCUGCCUCUCUCCUUCGGUGGCCCUCUAGCCGUUUCCAUCUUCCUCAUUGUGCUGUCAGCCGCUGGCCAAGAGCAUCUGUCGACGGUAUGGAGAGUGUGCUUUGGCAUCGGCAUCCUUCUCCCGCUCUCGGUGUUCUACUUCCGCAUCAAGAUGCUCACCUCCAAGCUGUACCGCAAGAGCGCCAUCCGGCGCAACGUGCCAUACGGCCUGGCUCUGAGAUACUACUGGAAGACCUUGAUCGGCACUUGCGGCGCCUGGUUCCUGUACGAUUUUGUCACUUUUCCUAACGGCGUCUUCUCCGGCACGAUCCUCUCGUCGGUGGUUGAUGCCGACGACACGCUCCGCAGCACUGCGGAGUGGCAGCUGUUGCUGGGGGCCAUUGCCCUGCCCGGCGUCUUUCUGGGCGCGCUUCUGUGCGACCGACUUGGCAGACGCAACGUCAUGAUGAUUGGCUUCUCCGGAUAUCUCGUCUUUGGCCUCAUUAUUGGGUGCGCUUACGACAAGAUCACCAAGAUAACGCCCCUCUUCGUCAUCUUCUACGGCUUGAUGCAAAGCUCCGGCAAUUUUGGACCGGGAGACAUGCUGGGCCUCUUGUCCUCGGAGAGCUACGCCACCAGCGUCAGGGGCACUUUCUACGGCCUCAGCGCGGCAUUGGGCAAGACGGGAGCCGCUAUGGGCACGCAAGCUUUCACGCCUAUACAAAACAACCUGGGCAAGCGGUGGACGUUUAUCAUCGCCGCCAUCUGCGGUGUUGUCGGAGUCUUGGUCACGUAUUUCUUUGUGCCCAACGUGACGGGCGAGGACCUUGCCGUGCAAGACGACAAGUUCAAGGCUUACUUGCUGGAGCACGGAUGGAGUGGUGAGAUGGGGCUCAAAGACGAUGAGGAGCCGACUGUGGAGGAGGACGAGGAAGUGGCCUCACCGGUUGUUGAUGAGAAGAGCGUCCGGGUGUAA